AUGAAUGUCAUGAAAAAUAUAAAUUCAAUUAUUAGAAAAGUGCAUAGAAUUAAAGAAAAAUUAUUUUCUUCAAAAUAUUUACUUUAUACAAAUGUAACAAUAUCUAUUUCACUCUCAGCCACAGGAGAUGCAUUAGAACAAAAUUACGAAAUAUCAAAGGGUAAGUGGAAUAAUUGGAGUUUAAACAGAACAAAAAACAUGGCACUAUCUGGUAUGUCUGUUGGUAUAGUAUGCCAUUAUUGGUAUAAAUAUUUAGAUAUUAAGUUACCAGGUCGUAAUAUGUAUAUUGUUUUGAAGAAAGUUAUUAUAGAUCAGUUAAUUUGUUCUCCACUUUGUAUUACAAUGUUCUUUGUAACAUUAAGUAUUUUAGAAAAAAGCAAUUGGGCUAAAUUAAAAGAUGAAAUUAUUACAAAAGCACAUAGAUUAUAUAUAGCAGAAUGGAUUAUUUGGCCACCAGCACAAAUUUUUAAUUUCUAUUUCUUACCAACUAAAUAUAGAGUUGUUUAUGAUAAUAUUAUUUCUCUUGGCUAUGAUGUGUAUACUAGUCAUGUAAAACAUGAUAAUUUCAUAUACAGUUGAAAGAAUAUUGUCAGACUAUUUGUAUAUAAAUGCUAUAUAUUAAAUAAAUAA